ACAAGAAAGAAAACCCUAGGUCAUUGUUUCAGUUUCAUUCUUUUUUUUGUCCGUUCCAUUCUCUCGUCUUCUUCGUUUCGGCAAUCAAAAUCACCCGUUGAAAGCACGGAAGUCUCCUCCUCUUACAAUUCUCUUUCAUUCUCGCACAGGGUUACCAGACAUAUUCUUCCUCCAUCUCGCUGGGAGUUUGUGAAGAGGAAGAAGUUUCUUAUUUCCAUAGCAUCCCACCAUCGGCUGAAAAGAGAUUGGAAUAACCACAGUUGGUCGCUCACUGAACGGCACUAGAGACAAAAGUCCUAUUCACGGUGUUAUCAGUAGCGACGCUGGCACGGCGCAUCGGCUAAUCACAAGAACUGAGGAAUCGAAGGACGAACGACUACUCACGGGGAAAGGUUUUCAAACAAUCUGCUUCCGAAAUCUGAAAGAUCAGCAAGAGCCUUGCAGGGCUAACUCCAGUGCGCUUUGCAAGAAAUGGAUCCUGGACGCUAUGUACUCCAGCAAGGAUGGGAUAAUAACAGCGCUUUGGAGGGGUAUGGUGCAGUGCAUGAGCCAGAUUACCGGGUUGGUGGUUCAUAUGAUGGUAGAAGGUUUUUAGAUGAGGGGUUCUCAAGGGAUAGUAUCUAUCCAAGGGAAACCUUCCACCGGGACAUACUUGAGAGGGAUAGUUAUCCACCACCACCAUCUGUUGCUGGUGCUUGGCCUCAACCAAGAAGGAGAAACUUUGAUGAAGAAUAUGCACUCAUUAGGGAAUCUAGAAGACAUGAGAAGCCAUACCUUGAUUCUUUUCAUGGGAUCGACAAUCUUCGUGAAGCUGACAAUUAUCGUGAGCUGGAUAAAUAUCAAGAAGUUGAUAAGUUUCGUGACAACUAUCGCAGUAUUGAUACCUACCGUGAUGUUGAUGGCUAUCGUGAUUAUGGGUAUGAUAGACCUUUUAGGUUUGGAGGACGUGAUCGUGAUGAUUUUCCAAUUGAUGAUUAUGAUUUCAGGCACCGUAGUUCCCACCCAAGUAGAGAGGAAAGCCGUGAGAGAGAUUAUGACUAUGGGCGGUAUAGUUAUGAUUCUGACUAUGAAAGGAGUAGCAGGAGGGACAGUAGUUGGAGAAGGCGUGACUCCCGUGACCGUGACCGUGACAAGAGAGGUCUGAGUCGUGAAAGGGAUCAGAGUCCACAUAGAAGGCAUGAGCGCUCUCGGUCUCGGGGGCGUGAUGAACGGCCUAGAUCAAGGUCUCCCCGAGGCCGCAGCCAUGGUCGAAGUCAUCGUGAGGACAGCUAUGAUGACAGUCGACAUGAAAGAAAUGAAAAACGAAGGGAUCAUGAUGAAAAACGUCAUCAUGAGCAUUCUUCUGUGGCCCCUUCAGCUACUGUUGUUGUGAAGGGUCUGUCCCAGAAGACCACCGAAGAGGAUUUAUACCAAAUUCUUGCUGAAUGGGGACCACUUCGUCAUGUGCGUGUAAUUAAAGAACGCAAUUCAGGCAUUUCUCGUGGAUUUGCUUUUAUUGAUUUCCCUUCUGUGGGAGAUGCACGCAAGAUGAUGGAUGGAAUUGGAGAUGAUGGUCUUGUUGUGGAUGGAAGGAAGCUUUUCUUUGAGUACAGUAGCAAGCCAACUGGUGGGGCAGGUGGGCCUUAUGGUCAAGAUGGUGCAGCAAGAUCAAGUUAUGGGAAUCAUAGAAGUGCUGCACCACCAUCUGAUUGGAUGUGCACGAUGUGUGGCUGUGUGAAUUUUGCACGGCGAACGUCCUGUUUUCAGUGUAACGAGGCACGAGCUGAUGAUGCUCCAGCAGCUGAUGUGGGAUCAUCUAACCCAGCAACAUUGGGAAAAAAGGGACCAGAGGCUGGUCCUACUCAUGUGCUUGUUGUCCGUGGGCUGGAUGAAAAUGCUGACGAGGAAAUGCUUCGAUAUGAGUUUUCAAAACAUGCUCCAAUCAAGGACCUUCGACUUGUUAGAGACAAAUUUACCCAUGUCUCUAGGGGCUUUGCAUUUGUCCAUUUUCACUCGGUAGAGGAUGCUACCAAAGCUCUAGAAGCUGCAAAUGGUAUGACCUUGGAGAAGAAUGGUCAAGUUUUACGUGUUGCAUAUGCUAAAAGCAUCCAUGGUCCAGGGUCAGGAACAUCUGGGGCUUCAAGCAGCCUUGCUGCUGCUGCAAUUGAGGCUGCAACAUUUGCUCAACAGUAUGAUGCUGUUGGAUGGGCACCAAAAGAGUAUAAUCCAGAUGAUAAACAAUCUGGAUCUGGGCAGGAGAAAAGUGGUGUUGAUAAUGCUGUUCAUAAAGAUGGCUCAGCCCCUCAAUCUGGGUUUGUAUGGGAUGAAGCAUCUGGCUAUUACUAUGAUGCUGCUUCUGGAUUUUACUAUGAUGGAAAUACAGGCCUAUAUUAUGAUGGUAACAAUGGAACAUGGUAUUCUUAUGAUCAUCAAACUCAGCAGUACGUUCCCUGUGGUGAUCAGAAUGAUAACAAGACAGCAGACAAGGCAACAAGUGAAGCUUCAAAAACAUCAGAUAGCACCAGUAAAGGAAAAGUAGUUAUAUCUGCUCCUGCUGCUACCAUAAAAUCAAGUGAGAAAGCCUCACUACCAGAUGCUGUCCAGGCUGCUGCUGCUGCAGCGCUAGCUGCAGAGAAGAAAGAGAAGGAGAAGAUGAAAGAGAUAAGGCUUGCAUCAAAGAGCAGUAUUCUGGCAAGCAAGAAGAAGAUGACUAAUGUCUUAACCAUGUGGAAACAAAGAAAUCAUGAGGGUCAGGCGGCUCGUGUUGUUCUUGAUGAUAGUCAGCCAUUGGCUUCAACAGAUGACAGGUCCAGUGCUGCAGGAGUGUCUGGAAAGGGUAAAUUCAGAACGGAUUCUGUUUCGGUAAAGGAAAAUGUGACAACAGCCUCUGCUGCUGCUGCUCGUGGAAAUAGUAAUGCCUCAACUACACCUAUUUUGGGGCAGACUGUUGUGGAAUCUCAGAUUAAGCCACAACCUGUAAGUAACAGCUUAGGAGGCACCCUAAUGGGUGUAAUUAGAGGUUCCGGAAGAGGAAUAGUAAAGUCAGAUACAAUAUAUUCUGGGUCUUCUACUGGGGCUUCAACAUUAACGGCUGUUUCAAGCAGUGGAGAGGCAUUAUCAGCAGCAAAUUCAGAUGGACCAAUGACUGUGACUCCCUUUAGAACGGAUGCAUCUGCACUGGGUUCUUAUGUUUCACCUGUGGCUGCGGGCAGUGGUAAAAGGAGGUUUUCUGAGAUGCCACAACAGCCAGUUUCUUCUCAUAGGGAACAACCUCAUACAACAUAUAGGGACCGUGCAGCUGAAAGGAGGAACCUUUAUGGAUCUUCAUCAUCCUCUAUUGGAGAUGAUAUCUCAGACCUUGGACUUGGAGAUUCAAAUCGGGAUUUGGCAUAUAGAAAAGGUUCAGAUGUUGGUACAAUGCCAUUUCCCCCUGGUGUUGGAGGACGUGGUGCUAGUGAUGUUAAUGUUCAGAGCUAUGAAGUGAUCACAGCUGAUAGAGCCAUUGAUGAGAGCAAUGUGGGUAACCGAAUGCUCCGUAGCAUGGGUUGGCAAGAAGGCUUGGGACUAGGAAAGGAUGGCAGUGGCAUAAUUGAACCAGUCCAAGCACAAGCUGUUGAAGAUAGAGCAGGACUUGGGAGUAGGCAGCAGAAGAAGCUGGACCCGAGCCUAGAGGUGCAGGCAGGUGACAGUUACCGAAUCCUCGUGCAGAAGAAGGCUAUUGCGAGAUUCAGUGAAAUGUCAUAGUUAAAGAGUAAAUAUUUAGGUGCUUGAUGAUCGGUAAUGCAGCUGCUCUGCUGCCACUUCUGUCUGAAAGAACAUGCUUAUUCUUGCUCAAGGUUAUUCUAUUUUCUUUAGGACCUUAUAGCCUUAACCCUCCCCCCUUCUUUUCCCGAGGAUGCACUUUCCAUCUAGCAUUGUAAAUUCAAGUUAAUUAAAGCUUUUUUUGCAAUUUUGCUUAUUGCUGCUCAGAGAUCAAGCUCUUUUAACUUUUUGGUCUUGUUAUGUGAUUAUUUUUAGGGUAAAGUAUGAAAUCCUCCCUGGGUUUUCUGAUUAUCA